UCCUAUAAAGAGGGGCUCCCAACUCAGUAUCAGCACAGAGCACAGAAGGGUUCUGAAGCUUCUGCAGUCUAAGCUCCGGGCACGUCUCUCCUCCACCAAGACCAUGAAGCUGUGUGUGACUGUCCUCUCCCUCCUCAUGCUCGUGGCUGCUUUCUGCUCUCCGGCACUCUCAGCACCAAUGGGCUCAGACCCUCCCACCGCCUGCUGCUUCUCUUACACCCUGCGGAAGCUUCCUCGCAACUUUGUGAUCGAUUAUUACGAGACCAGCAGCCUCUGCUCCCAGCCAGCUGUGGUGUGA